AUCUCUCUUCCUUACUGACACUCAAACUCAAUUGGGUCAAUUCUCUCUCCUUCACCAAGCUAAGGCUCUCCUCGCUAAAUCCUUCUCUGCAACUUCUCCCUCCAAAUCCCGCUGCUCCUUCUCCAUUAAAGCAGCUGCUGAGGGUUCUGACCAAAAACCCCUCUAUUUCUCUCUCGUGGGUUUACUUAUCAAUUAUUCUUUCUUCACUACUCUUAGAUGGAAGGAAGUGAAAUUACUGAGACAGGGGAAGUAAAUGUGAAUGAGAAGAAGAAAAUUUUCGUUGCUGGGGCUACAGGGAAUACCGGCAAAAGGAUUGUUGAUCAGCUCCUGCUUAAGGGUUUUGCAGUGAAGGCUGGGGUUCGUGACAUAGAGAAGGCCAAGACUAGUCUUUCCAACAAUCCGGACUUGCAAUUUGUAAAAGCUGAUGUAACAGAGGGUCAGGAUAAGCUGGCUGAAGCUAUAGGUAAUGAUGCUGAAGCUGUGAUUUGCGCUACCGGUUUUCGACCUUCAUGGGAUCUAUUGGCUCCAUGGAAGGUUGAUAACUUUGGAACCAUAAAUCUGGUUGAAGCAUGCCGGAAAAACAGUGUAAAGAAAUUCAUUCUUGUUAGUUCCAUUUUAGUCAAUGGAGCUGCAAUGGGGCAACUACUCAAUCCAGCUUACAUCUUUCUUAAUGUAUUUGGACUAUCAUUGAUAGCAAAGCUGCAAGCAGAGAACUAUAUCAGGAAAUCUGGUAUAAACUAUACCAUCAUAAGGCCUGGUGGGUUGAGAAAUGACCCUCCAAGCGGAAACAUAGUCAUGGAGCCUGAGGAUACACUUUCUGAAGGUUCUAUAUCUAGAGAUCAGGUUGCAGAAGUUGCUGUUGAGGCGUUGCUUCUCCCAGAAUCUUCUUACAAGGUUGUGGAAAUAGUGUCUCGUGUUGAAGCUCCUAAGCGUUCGAUCGAAGAACUAUUUGGUUCUAUAAAGCCACACUGAUUUUAUUAUGAUAGUAGAUAAGCCAUAUCUACAUCAUGUUAUCUUCCCCCUGUCUUCUCUCUCUCUCUCCUCCCAGUUGAUAAGCUUGUUUAGCUUAAGUUACCUAACUAUAUAGCACAAUUUUUGUUGAUUAGAAGAGAGGAGAAACAUGCAUGUGUUGUAUAAAAGAAUGAGAACCUCUCUGCCUGGUAACUGAUCCAUACUGUUGGGAUGUGUAAAAUAAAUGAUGCUGUGGUAGAAGAUUGUGGCAGUUGAGCAAGAUAGAAUGCUUUUAAGGUGUGCACUUCGAUAAUUUUCCAUGAUAAUAAAUUUUUAGAAGCUAUUAUAAAUUCCA